AUGACCCGCUAUCUGACACCGUGGAGGAUCUCUCUACUGUGUUUGAUCACUGUCUACACGGAUGGUGUCGUGCCAAAUUCGUCCGCGAUUCAUGUGUUGUCUUUCUUGACCGCGGGUUUGUUCCCUUUAGAUCCCGCCGAUAAGCAAUGGGAGAAACACUACCUGCCUAGCAUCGCCGAGCUUGAGGAGGUACUCUCUGGUCAUGAGUCUUCGGUGCCAGGAAGAACACUGUGGGAUCUGUUUCUCAAGAGGAUCUGGUCGCUUGACUCGCUCGAUGCUCUCGAGGAGUUCUUCAGCGAUGUCCUGCCGUCCUUGUUGAGCAAGACGCGUGAGCAAUUGAUGCAGGACAGAGACAACGGACUCGCUCCGGAGAAUGAGGGCAUGCGCUUGUCGCGGAGCUCCCCUCUUGGAGCCUUUAUCCGCAGGGCUUACCUUGAAUACACUCGGCUACAAUUCCAUGACUCCGUAAAAUUGUGGUCUAGCUUUGUGAAAUACCGCCUGCCUACGUAUCAUAUGUGGGCUCGAAGGAAUCCGUCCCAUGAUCAAGCUCCUAUCGAUGUCAAUCUCCUCGAGUCCAACAGCUAUCUUUCCCAAGUGGUCUACGGCAACAUCGAAGAUGACGAGGAGGAAGGCGUCGUCAGCGUUAAAGAUGCUGAGCGUUUGGUUGAGUUCCAAGUUGGAGAGCUACAGAGACUUGGAGGCAGAGUUCCCGACGAGAUGAGGGCCCAGCUAAAACACAUUAUGACAUCCGAGUCCUCUGUGCCGGUGCUCAUGUAUUACCUGGAGUACUUGGACGCUUGGCGAGCAGGUGACUAUACAUCAGCCUUUGACAAUCUCCAUCGAUACUUCGACUACACCAUGCACAGCAAUCUUGACCGAAGCGCAUAUCAAUUUGCGCUUUUGAAUCUGGCUAUCAUGCAAGCCGACUUUGGGUGUUUCAAUGAAGCUAUCUCCGCCGUACAAGAAGCCGUUGCUAUUGCUCGCGAGUCGCAUGAUAUGAAUUGCCUCAACUUCUGCAUGAGCUGGCUCUAUCACUUCGGCAAAGCUUUUCCGGAGCAGAUGCGGGAAGUGCAAAAUAGCGGUAUGCUGGGGAAUGAAAAAGAAGGUCUCGCCUUCCUCAAGGCCAAGUCCAAGGAGACUGACAUGUGGUCACUCAUGAGUACGACAAUACUGAGCGAGGCGAAGUUGGAAAUGCAACAGGGAGAGAGUCUCGCGUCUAUUGUCGAAUCAUUCGUGCGAGCAUCACACGUCAACGUGACCAAGAGCCUCUCAACUCCUACGGGUGCGUACAUGUUGUUGCAGAGCGCCAUGUAUGCUCGGAUAGGAGCGACUCACCUUUCUUGGCUAAACACCGAAGUGUUUCGCGAAUGUUACAACGAAGGCCAACCAUACGACGACUACGUCAAGCUCACGUUCCGCAAUUGCCAAAUCCUGGCACAAAAGGGUAACUACAAGGAAGCCUUUGCGCGCAUGAAUAAGAUCGAGCCCGAAAGACUCCGAGCCUUCAAGUACAACAACGCCUGGACCUACUAUUCCGGCCUCCUCCAGCUCCGCCGUCAAAUCUGCCGCGAUGACAAAGUAGCAGUCGAACACAUUAUUUCCCAGCUCCAAGCCGUACAACUCCUUGACUUCGACAUGCGGCUCCUCCUAGCCUUCUACACAAUCGAACACACCCUCCGCCAAGGCGACUACGGCCGCGCUCUCCUAAUGCUCGAACAAGCCGCCCACUCAAUGCAACCCGAGAACUUCGACGUACACUCCCAAAUCCAGCUCCUCUGUCUAAAAGCCCGCAUCCUCGAAAAAUCAGGCCAACCACAAAGAGGCUUCUCCCUCGCCAUGCGCGCCGCCAGCAUCGCCCACCGCUCAAAGGUCCUCUUCGACCUGUGGGAAGCCAUCGUCACCCUCUCCGCUGUUCUCCUCAGUCUACGCGAGUUCGACGCUGCGAACCAGCUAGUCGAAAGUAUCAUGCCUCAGAUUCUAGAGAGCGAGGAUUCUGCGCUCGUCGCGCGCGCGUAUUCAAUGCUUGUGGAUGCGAAUAUGGGCGUUGCUGGGGAAUUGUGGGCAAAUCUGGGGAAGGAGAGUACGCCCGUUCGGAAAGAGUAUGUGAAUCGGGCGCUGGGGUAUAUUGAUUUUGCGUAUGAUGCGUACGAAGAGAUUGAGGAUAUCCUGGGCCAGACGGAGAUGAUGGCCAAGAAGGCUACUGUGAUGCAUCUCACUGGGGAUCCGGUGCUGGCUAAUGACUAUGCGGCGAAGUAUCUUGAUCUCAGAAAGAGGCGCGGGGCAGAGAUUUGA